AUGGACUUCAGUUUAUCUACGGAUUCUGAGCAUCCUUCUUACGUUGGAAAUGUCUUCUUGUUAAGAGAUGUCUCUGCAAAACUCCUCUCAAACAAUGUAGUUCAGCCAAGUAAACCGAGUGAAGAUUGUUUCUUUUCUUCAUCUACACCGAGCAAUCCCUUCGAUGGGUGGUGCCGGUCAAUGUCCACAUCUAGAGGGUCCACAUCUAGAGGGUCCUCAUCUAGAGGGAGUAGCAUGAGAAGCAAAGUCGCAAAGCGGAUGCAAAAGGAGUCUGGUAAAACACUAAGAGAGGUUCGCAGAGCAAAAAAGCUUCAAAAGAAGCUCAUGACCGAAAAUGAAAGGCUCAUUUACAACCUCAAAAGAGCUAAGAGGAAAGUGGCAUUGUUACUACAGAAGCUGAAAAAAUAUGAGCUUCCAGAUCUUCCAGCACCCCGGCAUGACCCUGAGCUAUUAACCCUCGAGCAGCUUCAGGCAUUUAAGAAGAUUGGCUUCAGAAAUAAAAAUUAUGUUCCUGUUGGUGUUCGUGGGGUCUUUGGAGGAGUUGUCCAGAAUAUGCAUCUGCACUGGAAGUUUCACGAGACUGUACAAGUUUGUUGUGAUAACUUCCCCAAAGAGAAAAUCAAGGAAAUGGCAACUAUGCUUGCAAGACUGAGUGGUGGUGUUGUGAUAAACAUACAUAAUGUGAAAACAAUCAUCAUGUUUCGUGGAAGAAAUUACCGCCAGCCCAAAAAUUUGAUUCCUUUCAAUACCCUUACAAAAAGGAAGGCAUUAUUCAAGGCUAGAUUUGAACAAGCUCUCGAAUCUCAGAAGCUUAACAUAAAGAAGAUAGAGCAGGAGCUCCGCCGAAGUGGUGUUAAUCCUGAGGAUCCAGUUGCCAUUGCAAGCAUCCAGAGAGUAGCUUCCUCAUUCUUUAAUGCAAUUGAUCAGAAGGACGGAAGUCCUUAUGUCUUCCGUGGGGACAAACUGUCAUCUGCAGAGCCUGAUAAUAAAUUGAAACAUUCUGACCCUCCUGAUGAGGAGGAGGAGGAGGAUUUAGACAAAUUCAUAGCUGAGAUUGAGGAUGCAGCAGAACGAGAGUGGGCUGCUGAGGAAGCAGCUGAGAAAGAAGAACAAACCAGACUAAGGUAUUGGAACAAAGAACAAUUUGGUGGGAGAUACAGAAGAUCUGAAGACGUUGAAAAUGACGACUCUGAUGAUGAGACCACCAGGGCAAGGGGUUGGAGGGAUACACAUGGCAAGCAGAGGCCUAAUGAUAGUGAUUAUGAAGAUGAUGAAGAGGAAAGCGAUUCUAGUAAUGUUGUGGAUGCUAGUGUUCUCAACAGUGAUGCUGAUGAUUCUGAUGGAAAACCUGAGAAGUUCAAGGUAUCUACAAGAGACAGAGGGAAGCAAGAUAAGUUUGGCAGGGCCAAGAAUGAUGAACGCUUUAAGAAAAAUCAUGAAGCUAAUAAUACAAAAGCUAGCAGUAGAAAGAUUAUAGUGGACAAAGGUACUGAAUCAGAAAGUAUGCUCAGCGAUCUUGAUACUGUGAUGUGGAAAUCCGAUUCUGAGGAAGAACAUGACUCUACAGCAUCAAGAGCAGUGAAUUAUGAUUUCCAAAGCAGCAGUGAUGAAGAAGAGGACUCAAGUUACAGGAGGGGAGAAAGGAAGAAAUUGGCAAUCGAUUUGGACAAAGCUCACGACAAGUUUGAGGUAUCAAGAAAUGCACAGGGGAAGCAUCAUAGGAUUGGCAGGGCCGAUAACAAUGAUUAUUUGAAAAGAAAUGGUGAUGUUAACGUGAGAAGAAAGUUGGUUGAGGAGGAUGUCGUGUCGGAGAAUGCAUUUGGUGCUUCUGAAAGUGCAAUAUGGGAAUUAGAGGCUGUGGAAGAUGUAGGAGCACCAACAGCAGGGAGAUACAAUUACAAGAGUAGUGACGAAGAGGAUUAUCAAGUAAGGAGAGUAGGGAAGAAAAUGAAGGAUACUAAUAAAAGCACAAGAACAACAAAAGAGUUGGAUGAAGAUUGGGACAGUGACUGA